GGUGGGGGUCAUGUAUAUUCAAGCGUGAAGGGACAGACAGCGCACCUUUGUCCCUAAUAGCAAAACCUUGCUGAAAGCGGAAGUUCAACAGGUGACCAUCGCUAUUCGACUUUUGGUAACGAUGUGAGUCAUUUCGGCUUUAUUCAGUGAGUGGUGCUGCAGAAUAAGAGUAUUCGAAAGAGUUUCGAGCCUUUGGGAUAAGUGAUAGGAAACUAUAGAUAAUAAUGGAGGAGCCUGUUGUCACAGUUAAUGAUUUGCCAAUAAGUUUCGUUGUGAAGUAUCUCGGCUGGGAACCAGCAAGGGGACUUUGGGGCAUGAAAAACACCAGAAAACCUGUGGAUACUCUAGUUAACAAAGCUAAGAACUUGCCAGAAAAUAACAUACUUCCCCGUGUUGUAGUCGAAGUGACUAAAGAGGGUCUUUCUUAUAAGGAAAUUUCAAAGAAGUCGUCCUCACCAUUAUCUCAUUUCUAUGGGGUGAACGAAAUUUCCUAUGGGGUACAAGAUGUUAUAUACACCAGGGUUUUCAGCAUGAUUGUUGUUACUGAUAAGAAACUGGAGGAAGGACUGACAUUCAUUUGUCAUAGCUUCGUUUGCGAGAAUAAACACCAAGCAAGGCAGCUCACAUACGCACUUGCAGCUGCUUUUGCGGAUUAUGCACAAAAAAUGAAGGAUUCUAAAAAAAUAAUCAAACAGAAGAAAUUUGCCAUUGAUUUGAGGACGCCUGAACAGCAAGCAGCUGAGGCUUCUGGGGAAGGACAAGAUGAAGAAACUGAUGCUUGAAACCAAAAGUGUUAAUUCUAAGAUAUUUAUUUUAUGUGCAUAUAUUAUUUUUCAUGUUGAAAAGAUAGUUAUAUAAAGAAUAGGAUGUA